AUGGUUUUAGCAGUGUAAGGCUAGAUACCAGCCUGUCUGGGGCUCACAGUCACUGAUAGUAACAGGGAUGUUGAAUCGAAGGUUCUUUGAUGUCCAUGGCCUCUCCAUGAAGUUAAAGUGUCGGCGAGGACUAGAGGAAAAGGAUCGAGAGAAGAGUCGAGACAAAGGCGAGAGGAGAGAGGUGAAGGCCAGAGAGAGAUGGACGCUGAACGGACAUCACUUCAGCGUGGUGUCCUCCCAGACACAAUCCUCCUCCUGCCACCAAUGUAGCAAAACCAUCAACGCUAAGGACGCCUUCCUCUGCACCAAUUGCAAUGCACAUGUUCAUAAGAGUUGUAGAGAAAGCCUGCCUGUCUGUGCCAAGGUGGAAAUGAAGUUGCCCAAACAGCAGUUUGCGGUUCCAGAUUCAGCCACCAUUCCUGUUGUCACCCGAAGAACCAAACGAGAGUUAAAACCGGCUGCGUCGCGGGAGCGGCCCAGGUCAGCCAUCUUGUCUCCAGAAGACUACUCCUCAUUAGUGGUUCCCUCCCGAAGACACACCUCCAUCAUGCCCUUCCAUGGCUCCAACCUCUCAAAGAGCAUCUCCAUAUCCAACAUCGCUGGUCACCAGGUGUUUGAUGACAUGCCUAUCAAGGGUCUACGGUACCUGUCCCAGUCUACUGACUCUCUGUGCAAGACCAACCUGGUCAAUGAACCUACAGAGUCACUCACAGACCAAGGCACAGAGAUGAUUGGCAGUCAGCUGAUGGGGGAGUUUGAGGCAGACCUGAAGGAGCUAGAAGCAGACUCCUGGAGCAACAUUAUGGACAGCAACUUCCUCAAACAUCUUAAAAAGGACGUCAUCAAGAGACAGGAUGUGAUCUACGAGCUGAUGCAGACAGAGAUGCACCAUGUGCGGACCCUGCGGAUCAUGGUGGAGGUGUACAGUAAGGGUCUACUGAAGGAGCUGCAGCUGGAUCCUCAGACAGUCGACAGGCUGUUCCCCGUCCUGGACGAGCUCCAGGGCCUCCACACCUCCCUCCUGACACGCCUCCUGGAGAGGAAGAGAGAGAGCCAGCAGGAGGGGGAGGACGGAGGUUUCAUCAUUAACAAGAUAGGAGACAUCCUGGAGACACAGUUCUCGGGGUCCAAUGCCGAGAUGAUGAAGAGAGUUUACGGGAAGUUCUGCAGCUGCCACAACGAGGCCGUGAACCUCUACAAGGAGAUGCACUCCAAAAACAAACGCUUCCAGGCCUUCAUCAGGAAGAAGAUGAGUAGCAGUAUCGUCCGGAGGCUAGGAAUCCCAGAGUGCAUUCUGUUAGUCACCCAGAGGAUCACCAAGUACCCCGUCCUGAUGCAGAGAAUACUACAUCACACCAAAGAGAAUGAGGAGGACCAUGAGGACCUGAGUGAUGCCCUACACCAGGUCAAGGAGGUCAUCACUGCAGUGGACAGCAAGGUGAACGAGCAGGAGAAGAAGAGGAGGCUGAAGGACAUCUACAGCCGGACAGACAGCAAGUCCAUCAUGAGGAUGAAGAGUGGUCAGAUGUUCGCUAGAGAGGACCUUCUCAGAGGGAGGAGCCUGCUGUGUGAUGGUCCUCUGCAGCUGAAGAACACACAGGGGAGACUGAAGGAUGUAACGGCCGUGCUUCUCUCUGAUAUCUUCGUCUUCCUGCAGGAGAAAGACCAGAAAUACGUCUUCGCCUCUCUGGACCAGCGAUCCACGGUCCUCUCCCUCCAGAAGCUGAUCGUUAGAGAGAUGGCUAACGAGGAAAGGGGUCUCUUCCUGAUAACAGCAGGGAUGGAGAAACCAGAGAUGGUGGAGGUACACACUGCAACCAAGGAGGAACGCAACACCUGGAUGCAACUCAUACAGGAUGCCAUGCACUCCAUAGAGAAAUAUGAGGAUGAGGGGAUCCCCAGCGAGACAGAGGAGGACAACAGACUGCUGGAGACCAAAGCUAAGGAGAUGAGAGAGAUGCUGAGGAAGAAGGAUGAGCAGAUCAUGUGUCUGCUGGAGGAGAAGAUGGCAGUGUUUAGGGAGAUGUGUGAGGUUGGGAGCCCUGUAACCCACCCAGGAACAGGAACAGGAACAGGCCCAGCAGAGGAGCAGGGACAGGGCCCCAGCCGGGUCACCAGGCCCAAGGUGCUGUUCAGGGCCGGGAGAGGAGCGGGCUCUGAGGACGUACCUAAAGGAGAACCCAUCAUAAAGGAUGCACUACAGGAAGUGGCGACGUUGCAGGCUUUGGUGAACGGUAGUCUGAGAGGAGCCAUGGGGGGGCAGCAGGUGAUGUCUGUCCCAGAGACAGGAGGAGGAGGAGGAGGAGGAGUGGUGGGGCCGUGCCCCGUGUGUCUGCCUCGCAGGGCCGAGACCUUCGGAGGCUUUGACUCUCACCAGAUACACAUCUCUAAGAAUGGGGACAAAGAGGAGGGAGAGGUCACAGCAGACCUUCGCAGGACAGAGUCAGACGGUGUACUAAAGAAGGUUACCCACAAUACACCAAGCCAUAGGGGGAAUGCUAACCUGCUGCUGUUCCUGAAGAGAAGCAGAGAGCAGGUCCUCCACAGUGUGAGCCACCUCUAUGACCUGCUCAGCUCCCUGCAGGCAGUGGUAGUCCAGCAGGACAGCUUCAUUGAGGAUCAGCGCCAGGCUCUCACCAACCGCUCCGAACGCCUCCCCUCCUUCUCCUCCUCCUCCUCCUCCUCCCGUCCCUCCUCCCGCCCCAACUCCCUGAUCGAGCAGGAGAAACAGCGCAGCCUGGAGAAACACAGACAGGAGAUGGCCACGCUGCAGCGCCAGCAGGCCGCACACGACCAGGAGAAGAGGAGCAGGGAGAGGGAGUGGGAGGUGCGGGAGCAGCAGCUGACAGACAGGGAGGUGCGGCUCCUGGUGCAGGAAGAGGAGACGGGGAAGAGGAGCAGGGAGCUGGAUACAGAGAGUAUGGAGCUACAGGGGAAGAAGGAGGACUAUCAGAUAGAUCUAGAGAGACUGAGAGACGCUCAGAGGAAACUGGACCGAGACACAGAACAGAUCCACAGAGAAAUGGAGCGGGUAGAACACAUGAGACUGGCUGAGAAAUGGAUACAGAGAACUCCCUCCUCUACCUCAGACGACUCCCCCCACUUCUCCUCCUCUACCUCCCUGGACAAAGACCCAGGAGACCCCACAGAGCUCUCCUCCUCCCUCAGGAAAGACUCCCUGACCUCGUCAAAAGGGCAGAGCCUAAACCCUUUCUCUGUGUCCCCGGCAAUAAAGGCCCCUAGAGGAGACAGGCAGGACCAGAUACCCAACAGACUGCUGCAGCUGGCUAAAGGAAGCAACACAGACAAGAAGAAGGAGGAGGAAGAGGAGACACAGUCAGCAGAUACCCAGCACCUAGAUCCUCCUAUAGAUGGAGAGAUCUACUUCUGCUGAGGAGACUCCUCUUCAUCUCCUCCUCCCUCCUCUCCUCCCCUCCUCCUCCUCCUCUUCUCCCAGAUGGCAAUGCAACAUCCCUCUCACCAGCUGAAUGUAAGGCCAGGUUACCAAAGUGCCCAAUCCUCAACCCACUACGUCCUCAAACACACACCCUCCCAACUGACACAAUAGGAAGUGGAAGGUCUCGCAUCGUAUGAGUCAUAAGCUCCAUGUGCAAUGUUCUGUCUCAGUGCUCACUACAGAUUGGCUCCUGACUGUUACCUGCUGAAAGAUUGUCUAUAGCAAUAAGGAUACUGCCUCUAUGUUAGAUACUCUAGGUUAAAGGUUGUCUAUAGCAAUAAGGAUAAUGCCUCUAUGUUAGAUACUCUAGGUUAAAGGUUGUCUAUAGCAAUAAGGAAACUGCCUCUAUGUUAGAUACUCUAGGUUAAAGGUUGUCUAUAGCAAUAAGGAUACUGCCUCUAUGUUAGAUACUCUAGGUUAAAGGUUGUCUAUAGCAAUGGGGAUACUGCCUCUAUGUUAGAUACUCUAGGUUAAAGGUUGUCUAUAGCAAUGGGGAUACUGCCUCUAUGUUAGAUACUCUAGGUUAAAGGUUGUCUAUAGCAAUAAGGAUAAUGCCUCUAUGUUAGAUACUCUAGGUUAAAGGUUGUCUAUAGCAAUAAGGAUAAUGCCUCUAUGUUAGAUACUCUAGGUUAAAGGUUGUCUAUAGCAAUAAGGAAACUGCCUCUAUGUUAGAUACUCUAGGUUAAAGGUUGUCUAUAGCAAUAAGGAUACUGCCUCUAUGUUAGAUACUCUAGGUUAAAGGUUGUCUAUAGCAAUGGGGAUACUGCCUCUAUGUUAGAUACUCUAGGUUAAAGGUUGUCUAUAGCAAUAAGGAUACUGCCUCUAUGUUAGAUACUCUAGGUUAAAGGUUGUCUAUAGCAAUGAGGAUACUGCCUCUAUGUUAGAUACUCUAGGUUAAAGGUUGUCUAUAGCAAUGAGGAUACUGCCUCUAUGUUAGAUACUGUAGGGAUGUGAUGGACUAAAUGAAUACAAUACCAUUCUCCUAACUUUACCAAUGAUGAUGGAGAGUGGUUUGAGCUACAUAGUAAUGGUCUCUGAGUGGUUUUAAAUGUGGUCGUCUGUCAUCGAAGCUGAUGUGACCGGGUCUAAGGAGUCUGUCUGUCCUCUGGAUGGAAUUACAUAUCAUCUUACUACUCAUGCAGAAUACUAAACUCCUACAAGCUGAAAAACGGGUUCAUAAAUGUGUCAUGUAUUCUAUAACAAAGUGUUGAAGAUUCUAGCAAGAUGACCUACAUUUAGUAAUGUAGAUACACAGAGCAGAAGAGAAACCAAGUUAAACUGAAACCAAGUUAAACUGAAACCAAGUUAUAAUGAAACCAAGUUAUACUGAAACCAAGUUAUACUGAGUUUCUCUGGUCAAUUCUCCAGAGAUUGGGGGAAAACAUCGCUCCUGAUGUGCUUGAUAUGUUGCAAUAAUCUCAAUAACUACAAUUUACAUGUGAUGCUAUUGAUCACUUUAAAAAUCAUUUCUGGUACAUGUCCAAUACUGCUUUGAAUUGACAAUCUAUAAUCAAUAUGUAGUUUAUCCAGAUCAGUCUGUCUUUAUGGAGCAGCUACGGUGUGAAACACAAUAUUACUAAUCCCAGAAGAACCGGAGAAUACUCAAAGACUUAGACUGAUAUCAGCUGAUCAUCGACAUGGUUCAAACUGUUCAAAAGCCACUUGUUACUUUGUGUCUCAGAAACUAGCAGGAAGGCUGAAACAGGACAUGGUGUAUAUAUUUGAACAGCAUUAUGUUUUUAUGUCUUUAAAUGAGACUUCUACCUGCAGAACAGGUAUAUUAAACCCCAACAUAACAACAGCUCCAAUCAUGACCUCCGUCAGAAGUGUGGUCCUCUGUAGCUCAAUUGGUAGAGCACGGCGCUUGUAACGCCAGGGUAGUGGGUUCGA